CCGACGGUAACGUAGCCGGCUUGGGAACGGAUAGGCUGCAGAUCUCGUACGCCCUACUUCGCGUUGCUAGCUCAAUCAAGCUUUCGUUUGCAAAAAGUAAAAUUACUUAUUGAUUAUUAUCCCUUUUUCGACUUGAGGCUCAAGCGCUCGCUGUCGCCGAUAGGUACGCGCAAGUGCCCCAAGCUUAGACCGCCUAUACACCCCAAGCUUCUAAUUACAUCCUUCUCCCUCGCUCACCGCGAUAUACAAUUAGCAUAAUGGCUAUUCCCCUAACGCGAUUAGGAGGCGGAGCCUUCAACCAUAGUCCGAGUAAUGACGCCGAAGCCGAAUAUGACCGGCUCCGAGACUUAGCGCGGGAGGAAGCCGCGAAACGGAACAGCUGUUUCGACCGGGCGCACCAGGCAUACGAGCGCGGCGACGGCGCCGAGGCCAAGGAGUUGAGCAACGAAGGCAAGCGGCACGCCGCUAAGAUGGACGAGUACAACCGCCAGGCCAGCGAGUACAUCUUCCGGGAGAACAACGCGCCGGCCCGGGUCCCCGAGGACACCAUCGACCUGCACGGCCAGUUCGUCGAGGAGGCGGAGGACAUUCUCGAGCGCCGCAUCCGCCAUGCUCAGAAGCAGGGGCAGACGCAUCUUCACGUCAUCGUAGGCAAGGGGAACCACAGCACCGACGGCGUGCAGAAGCUCAAGCCCCGCGUGGAGCAGGUGUGCCGCGAGCUAGGGCUGCAGUAUGCGACGGAGGACAAUGCGGGCCGCAUAUACGUCAACCUCCAAGGCGGCGAGGCCGUAAUCCCACCGCUCCCCCCACAGCCGCCGGCCCAGCACGGCGAGCACGGAUAUGGCAGCGGACAGCCACAGCACCACCAGGGGGGCCGGCCGCAGCAGCACCACGCCCACCAGCAGCAACAACAGGAGCAGGAACAGCCCGCCGAGCUGGAGCAGCUACUAUCGAAGUUUGUGCGCAAGCUGGGGGAUUGUUGUGUUGUUAUGUGAGGGGUUUUAGCAAAUCCAGUUUUGCCAUCAAUCAGUUAAGGGCCCCAGAAUCAGGAAUGGCGCUUCGGGUGUUAUAUUUCAGGCGGGCAAUUUUAGGCACAUGCCCUAACGUGAAAAGAGGGAGAAUGAUGAUGCGGGUUUCGUAAGGGGUGCUUUGAAGGAUAGGUAUCUACACGCUUUAUGAGGAUUCUCUGGGUCUGGUUUACGAUUCUAUGAGACUAGGUACUUAGGUUGCUAUAGAUUAUUGAGAUGCUACAGAUACAGUUUCGAAGCUAGUUUUGUUC